GCGAUUACUCAUUUCUAAUUAUAGAAUACCUCCUUGCUUUUUUACAUUGGUUACAUUUAUCAAUUUCUACACCAAUGAGAAAGGCUGUGUCAUUGUAUGUAUGCUAUACUUAGAUCACAUGGCUUAUAGAGUUGAAAGUUCAGGGGUUAUAGUGUAGGAUAGGACUGUGUGGCGGUUGACUGGCGUGUGGGUCAGGAGUUAGUUGUUUUGUGCUGUACUCCGUCAUGAAUUUUGUUUAAUUAAGAGUACAUGUAUAUUUACCUAAGAAAUUGGAAGAUGUCAUUUCGGGCUAGUUCAAAUGUGGCAGUUAUUGAGGAAGGUGCGAUUGUCAAACUGACCUUACCAAAUGAAUCUAAAUCAACAAAUAAAGAGACUGGUUUGAAAUCAGCUUCUAAGGGCAGUAGUAAAGGUGUGGAGACUCCCAUAUGUAUUAAGGACUAUCGACCUUUUAUAUUUAGCAACAAUGCAGAUAUGACAUAUGAUAUGAUGGAGGAUGAGUUAACGUGUCCCGUCUGUUUGGAACUAUUUGCAGAUCCUCUGAUGCUGCCAUGUUCACAUAGUAUCUGUAAGAAAUGUCUACAUGAUAUUCUGGGUUCCAGAACAAAAACUGGUAAAGAUGGACUAGAAUGCCCAUCCUGUAGAAAGAUGCAUGCCAUCACAAAAAACAAAAUGGGGGUACUACCUAAAAACUUGGCAUUAGAGAACAUAGUGUUUCGAUUCCAAGAAAUACAAAGCAAUACAAUGACGAAAAGUAAAAGUUUGGAUUUAUCUUCAUCCAGUUACCAUUCCCAAGAUUCGUCAGAUCAAAUAGACUCUGACUUACCAGUAUUUACUGAUGAAACUGUGUGCAGUGAAGAUUGCGGUCUGUGUGAUCAAGACUCUGCUUUAAAAGCUGUCUGGUUUUGCCAGCAAUGUUCGGUUCUUUAUUGUCAAAAGUGUCUGGAUAAUUUUCAUCCUAAACGAGGGCAACUACAGCACCACAGAGUACGCAAACCUUCUAAAGCUGAGACAGACUUGAAACCUGUGUUUUGUAAAGACCACGAGACUGAGUUAUCUAAUAUUUUCUGUGAUAUGUGUAAAGUACUAGUUUGUCAUCUUUGUGUUUGUGAAGAUGUCGGUAAACAUUCUGGUCAUAAAAUUUUACCACUGAAUGCUGCAUGGAAAUCCUUGAGAAAUUGUGUAGUAGAAUGUAAAGAUAAGUUAGAAUCUAUGAUGUCAAAAGUUACAGAACAAAAUGGUAAAAUGGAAGAAAUAACAGAAGAUGUUGAUAAAAUCCAUAGGGAGGCAGCAGAGAUGAUAGAUCAUCACUACAGACGGUUAAUCCAUGAUUUAACGUCUGCCCUUGAUCAGCAGAAACAAGGCUUGAUCAGUAAAAUGAACAAACAAAAAGCACACACCACAUCAUUAUAUAAAGGUCAUUCAGAAAGUAAUAAGAAAAUAUUGAAAUCCAUGGAGAAUCUGGCAGAAAACUGUAAAAAGUUACUGGAUGAAGACCAUAAUCAGGAAAUUCUACAGAAAGCCUCAGAAGUUGAACCUAUUCUAAGUCAAAUUGAAAAGUUUUCUAAAGAAAUUAAUAGGAAAGAAACAAGUUAUACCACAAUUCUUAACAAUCAGCCGAAACUUGAUGAUUUGAAACAAGCUGUUGAUAAAAGUAAACAGAAUUCACUUGGUUGUGUUAAUUCCAUAAUUGCUGAUGUAGAUGAUCAGUGUAAGGCUAUAUUACCAUCUAUCCUAUCAGUUGUCUCCCCUGGCAAAGCAGACACACCUCGAGUACAGAGUAAAAGUUUAAAUACAUGGGGUUUUAGUUCCACCACAUUUACAGCAGAAAGCAUAGACAUUAAUUCAUUGUGGUCAAUUACGUUUGACAAAAAUUCCAGCCAGAUGGGAAACAUCAAUACUGGUUAUCUAUUUGGAGUUGGAAUAUCGUCACAAAUAUUGAAAAAUAAGGAUCAAGUUGGUAUGAAUCCCAUAUCUUAUGGUGUCGUUUGCAGUAAUGGCAAUCUUUGUAUGUGCCAUAAUGGAAAAAUGGAAUCUCUAUUAGAAUUAGGUAACUUACCAGUAUCUCUCACAUUCUCGGUAACGCAUGAUUCAUUUGAAAAUUUAAUUUUCUCGUAUAAAGUCAAAUGUUCGAGAUGGGGAGAUAUGUUGUGUGGAAAGAAAGUUAUCACGGAUCAGAAAUUUAAACAAACUCUUCACCCUGUCUUUACUGUCAGUCAUAGAGUCAAAUUACAAUUUACUUCAGGUACAUGAGUAUCAGGGUAAUUAGACUGUUUAUCUUGAUUGUGUAUAAUUUAUGAGGUUGUGUAUUAUUUAUGCGGUUGUGUAUUUUCUACAUAAGGGUCUCACGUUUUAUUGCAAUAAAUCUAUUAUAGAUUCAACGCACAUACGCUAGUGAAUGAGCUGUAUAUUCUUGUCCAUAAAUGUUGGGAUUUCAUUUCCAUAGUACAUGAAAUCAAUGACAUUUAAUUUAUUAUUGAAAAUACUUAUGUUACUCUAUACUAUUGUUAUACAAUUUAAAGGAGCCAUUCCAAAUCUGGUUAAUUUGUUCGAAAGACUUGAUGAAGGUCUGUGAUUGGCCAGAGGUUUCCAUAGUUGCAGCAUUUGGAUAACCAUGUCUAUAUCUACUUGGUAGUGUGGCUAUGAUUUAUAAUUGGUGACCCAUUGCAUGUAAGCCAUCUGGAAUUUAAACCCAGGUGUAUCAAUGGAUUACCAGUAACUUCAGGAAUUCCUCCUUUUUGGAAAUGAAUUUCAAAUAAAUAUCUCAACAUUAAAGUAAUGCAGUAAUAUUAACAAAACUUAUAUAACUUGCAAUCAUUUCUUGAUUUAGUGAGAUGAUAUUUUUACAAUCAUGAUUUUAUUUUACAAACAAUUGAAAAUAGCUAAAUGCUCUUAGAUUUGGGUCAAUGUGUUGAUGUAAUUAUAUUUAAAAUUUUAGGACCUCAGAUAGUUUUGACAUUUCAACAUCUAAACCAAAAACAAAACUUAAUAUUUUGAAAGGAAAGUUGAAUCAUAAAGAACUAUUUUUACCACUAAUCAAAAUAAGUUUUCAGAUCAACACAAUUCAAUAAUUUAUAUUGACCAAAAUCAAAGAGGUUUGGUUUCUUUAAGUUCUUGUGAAUAAGAAACGGAGCACUAUGUGUAUAUGGCAUGUUUCACUGGAGUUAAUAUAAGAUUUGUAAAUGCAAUAGUAAUCAGUCUUUUUAAUCUAUUAACUGUGAGGUUGUGAAGUACCGGAAAUUGGAUUUUUUUGAUAAAGAUUUACACUUGUAUUUUAUACAUCUGUUAUAAAGCUUGGGCUGGGAUUAAUGUACUUGCCUUAUACAUAAUAUCAAACAAAAUAAUAUACUUUACAUGCUUGCUGGAGAAUUUGUUUUGUUAUAUAUAGAACUGAUUAACAUAAUUCUAUAAAUUUAGUUCUAGUGAGAAAUACCCAAGGCAGAAACCAUGUGGCUAGUAUAUCUAGUUUUAAUAGAUAAUUGUGAACCUUGGUCAUUCUUUCAGUCUUCAAAAGAUCCACCAAUGAUGGCCAAGGCCAAUGGUGAAAUUCUUGCCUAAUUUUGUUUUUAUGGUAAAACCCUCCUGAGAUGGUGGAAUUGACAAAUUAAACUUAAAUAGAGUAAUGAUAAUAAUAUAACUAAAAAUCAAGAUGGUGUGUCUACAUACUUUGAAUUAUCUUGACAUUCAGGUUAAAAACAUGUAUUUGCAUUUAUUAAAUUAUUUGUUGUAAAGGUAUUUGCACACAACGUUAAAAUAAGUUACUCUUCCUAGAGGGCAUUCUUAGACUUACAGGUAUUCCUGUGCAUUUAUAUUUACAGAUAUAGUACCAUAUGCCUUAAAAUAGUUCAUACAGCGACGGACUGAGAAGGAUCAUGCAUGUAUGGCAGACUCUGUUCCCUUAAAUAAGUAAAUGUUCUCAAGUAGUUUCAAGGCCCUUUUCAGUCAUAAGCUAGGCUGUGCUUAAGACUGGGGGCCGGUCAUGGGAUCAAUCUCCGAGCCUUCCAGAUCCCAGUCCGUCCCUGAGUGAAUUAUCAGUACAUAUACCAUGUGUAAAGAGCUAACCUUAUUUGAACUAGAUUGUACUUCAAUAUCAGUAAAUAAUUUAUUUAAUGAUUUUCAUUGUACUGUAUGCAAUAAUUGUUUUCUUUAUACAUGCAAAAAUAAAAUGCACAAAAUGGAAAUUUAUUAUAGAUAGAUAAAUGUUUUCAGUUUUACACAAAUCUUAUUUGCACAAUACCAAUAUUGAAAGUUGAACAGCGCUGUUGCAAACUAUCUUUCAUUGGUGUUUGGAUCUGGCGAAGUUCUGUUACAAAGGCAUAGCUAACAGCCGUAAAUAUUAAAUAGUUAAAUGUCUAUUCAUUUAAACAAUUAUAUUUUAAAUAGAUUUUUUAAGAUGAAAGGAAAAUUUAAAUAUAUGACAAGACUGAUUUGAGUUGUGAACAGUAUAUAAUUUGCUACAUAUCAAUAAGAAUACUAUUUUUAUGUUAGAUUGCAUAUUGUUAAAUAUAGCAUAACGUUUGUUGUUAUAUCUUGUAUAUUCGUAAUGAAUUGUGACUACUUGAGAAUUACAAGGUUUUAUCUACGAAAUUCAAGAAAAAGAGCUAGAUGCAACUUAUGUAAAACAUAUCAUUGGUUUAUUUUGAAAAGAAAGAGGUAAUAAACAUGUGUUUGGUAUGAUUGAUAGAAUCUUGUAAUUCUCUCGUCAUGAUUUAUAUGGUAAUUAAUUAAAUAGACGACCUCUGAUUAAAUGUCAUAGUAAUAUAUUAUUAUAUAUAAAUGUUAUUAUAUGUACAAUGUAGAUAUAGAAUUGUUAUCUGUGCUGCCAUAUUUACACAGAAUUAAUAAAAUAUUCCUGCAAAAAUU